AUGUCAAAGAGAGGACGUGGAGGAGCUUCCGGAGCCAAAUUCAGAAUCUCUCUGGGUUUGCCAGUCGGGGCCGUCAUCAACUGUGCCGACAACACCGGAGCCAAGAACUUGUUCGUCAUUGCUGUAUACGGAAUCCGUGGUCGCUUGAACCGACUUCCAAGUGCUGGUGUUGGAGACAUGUUCGUUGCCUCGUGCAAAAAGGGAAAGCCAGAGUUGAGAAAGAAGGGUAAGUGAUCGCUUUUAUUUGUGUUGGUUUUUAGAAGUUUUAUAUGGAUGACUGCUAAAAUAUGUUAGCAACUAGUUUAUAUCACAGUAUAAGUUUAUGUUAUUUUUGGAUUCUAAGGUAAUUUUAACAGCUUUUGGGAUACUUUUUAAAUAUUUUUUAAAAGUUAAAAAAAUUUUAUAGCUUUGAAAGACAAAAAUACACGUUUUGUCGUUUGAAAAAUCUUUAUAUUAUCUGAAAAAGUUUGAUUGAUGUUAAAAUUUGUGUUUUCAGUACUUCAAGCUGUGGUCAUCAGACAAAGAAAGAUCUUCAGAAGGAAAGACGGUACCUUCAUCUACUUCGAAGACAACGCUGGAGUAAUUGUUAAUAACAAAGGUGAAAUGAAAGGCAGUGCUAUCACUGGACCAGUUGCCAAGGAGUGUGCCGAUAUCUGGCCCCGUAUUGCCGCCAACGCCAGCUCCAUCGCUUAA